AUGACUGGAAAACGCUCAAUGAGACUGUCUUCAACCAGAUUAUCGUCCAAUGGCUCGAAUAAAUCCAGCAGAACUCGAGCCCGGUUGAGCAAAGAGACAGCGAGCAGCGACGCCUUCGCCUCCGACAACGACACUCAAGAAUCAGAUGAUGGAGCAAGACGCAUCAAGAGACGCAAAGUUACAAAAUCUCGAGUCCACAAAGCCAUUGAAACUCACGCGUUCUUGUUCAAAAACCCCGGGACCAUUCCACCAGAGCCAUGUUCCCCGACAUCGCAACGACAGCACUCCACGUCUUAUCACAAGCCGCUAUUCCUCUGUGAGAGCAGGGGCUUGGAGCAUCGACAAGCUUUGCUGUCAUGGUUUGACUCUGUCAGCACAACACGAGCCAUGCCUUGGCGUAAGUCGUGGGUCAAUCCUUCCCACGAACCUGAUGCUUCCGCACUUCGAAAGCUGCUAGAACGACGGGCAUACGAAGUUUGGAUUAGUGAAAUCAUGCUGCAGCAAACAAGGGUAGCGGUAGUUAUUGAUUAUUGGAAUCGUUGGAUGGAUAAAUGGCCAACGAUUCAGGACCUCGCUGGCGCCGACCCAGAGGAUGUCCUAGCCGCGUGGCGAGGACUCGGAUAUUACAGCAGAGCCACACGCAUCCAUGAGGCUGCCAAACUGGUGGUUCAGGAUCCUACGAUGCAGGGCCUAUUGCCAUCAACUGCGAGCGAGCUAGAAGAAAAGGUUCCCGGAGUUGGUAGGUACACAGCUGGUGCCAUCUCCUCCAUCGUGUUUGGUCGAGCGGCGCCAAUGGUUGACGGAAACGUUCUGCGCGUCCUGAGUCGACAACUCGGGAUUUACGGCAACAUUAAGUCUGAUAAAAUGGUCAUCGACACAAUUUGGGCAGCUGCCGAUGCUCUCGUCCGUGCUGUUGCUCUCGACCACCUGAGCAUCGAAGACAGCAAGUCAGAGAUAUCGGACAGGCCCGGUCGAUGGGGACAGGCACUCAUGGAACUUGGCAGCACUAUCUGCACCCCAAAGCCAAACUGCUCCCAAUGUCCCAUCACCGCCUCAUGCCGUGUAUACAACGAAGCAAAGAAUAUGAGUCAGAACAAAGAUGGCACCGUGGCCGACAUUGAAGACUUUUGCACCAUCUGCGAACCCUUCGAGGAGGACCUGAGCAACGAUCCAGGCAUCACAGCCUUGCAAGAAACAAAGGCCAAUUCCAAGACGGCAGAUAAGAAGAAAGCGCCCAAACAACUGACGCUCUCCGGCAUUCGCAUUUACUGGUAA